GGGAGGGAGUGGCCGGGGGCGGCUCCGCAGCGCCGCGGCCGCCAGAGCCGGGGCUGCUGCCAUGGGGCUCCGCAGCGCCUGAGCGCCCGCCGGGCCCCGCUCCGCACCGCGCCGCACGGCCCCGCACCGCCCCGGCGCCAUGGGCGAUGUGCUCUCCACUCACCUGGACGAGGGCCGCCGGCAGCACAUCGCAGAGAAGACCGGGAAGGUGCUGGGGGAGUUUGCCCGCUGCUACAAGGAGCAGUACGGCGUAGCGCUCUUCAACAGCGUCCGCUAUGAGAUCGAAGGCAACGGGGGGCCGCAGGCACAGCUGCUGCACCGCAAGGUCCCGCUGGAGGACCACGUCAUCUACUCGGGCAACCUCUUUCAGUACAUCGAGGAGAACAAGAAGUGGAGGAACCGCUUCUGCGUGGUGCCGCACAACUACGGCUUGGUGCUCUACGAGAACAAACUGGCUUACGAGCGGGAGCUGCCGCCCCGCGUGCUGAUCAACAGCGCUGGCUACAAGGUCCUCACCUCCGUGGAGCAGUACCUGGAGCUGGUGAGCAGCAGCCUGCCUGGCGUGACGCCCAAGUCGGGGAACGCCCCCAUCGUGAAGUGCCCCACGGAUUUCCCCCUGAUCCUCUGGCACCCCUACGCCCGGCACUACUACUUCUGCGUGAUGACGGGCAAGGAGCAGGAGAAGUGGGGGGCGGUUUUCCAGGACUGCGUGCGGCACUGCAACAACGGGAUCUCCGAGGACUCCAAGGUGGAGGCCCCAGCCUUCACCGACGCCGUCCGCAUGUACCGCCAGUCCAAGGAGCAGUACGGCACCUGGGACAUGCUCUGCGGCAACCAAAGCCAGGUGCUGAGUAACCUGGUGAUGGAGGAGCUGCUCCCGGAGCUGCGGAGCGCCAUCGGCCCGCGGCUCAAGGGCAAGGCUCAGGAGCGCCAGCGGACCUGGAUCCAGAUCUCGGAUGCCGUGUACAGGAUGGUCUACGAGCAGACCAAGGCCCAGUACGACGCCAUGGUGGCCAAGUGCGAAGUGGAGCGGCCCCAGAUGGAGAGCACCAUCCGCACCGACAUGGACCAGAUCAUCACCUCCAAGGAGCACCUGUCCAGCAAGAUCCGAGCCUUCGUCCUCCCCAAGGCGGAGAUCUGUGUCCGCAACCACGUGCAGCCCUACAUCUCCUCCAUCCUGGAGGCCCUGAUGACCCCCACGAGCCAGGGCUUUGCCGAGGUGCGGGAGGUGUUCUUCAAGGAGGUGACGGACAUGAACAUGAACAUCGUCAACGAGGGCGGCCUGGAGAAGCUGGUGGAGUACAUGGAGAAGCUCUCCCACCUGGCCUUCCACCCGGUGAAGAUGCAGUCGUGUUACGAGAAGAUGGACCAGCUGAAACUGGAGGGCCUCCAGCAGCGGUUCGACGUCUCCAGCACCUCUGUCUUCAAGCAGAGGGCCCAGAUCCACAUGAGACAGCAAAUGGAUGACGCCGUGUACACCUUCGAGACGCUGCUGCACCAGGAGCUGGGGAAGCUGCAGGGCAAGGACGACCUCUGCAAGUCCAUCCAGCGCAUCCUCGAGCGCGUGCUCAAGAAAUACGACUACGACAGCAGCACCGUGCGGAAAAAGUUCUUCAGGGAGGCCCUGCUGCAGAUCACCAUCCCCUUCCUGCUGAAGAAGCUGGCGCCGACCUGCAAGGGGGAGCUAGCCAAGUUCCAGGAGCUCAUCUUCGAGGACUUUGCCAGCUUCAUCCUGGUGGAGAACACAUACGAGGAGGUGGUGCUGCAGUCGGUGAUGAAAGACAUCAUGCAAGCUGUGAAGGAGGCGGCGGUGCAGCGGAAGCACAACCUGUACCGUGACAGCAUGGUGAUGCACAACAGCGAUCCCAACCUGCACCUCCUGGGCGAGGGCAUCCCCAUCGACUGGGCUGAGGAGCACGGCGGGCAGCCCGAGGCCGAGCCGGCCGCCGACAAGCGCCGCAGGGCCAAGCAGGUGGUGUCGGUGAUCCAGGACGACGAGGGGGCCCUGCCCUACGAGGCGGGUGCCGAGGCGCUGCUGCCCCCCAGCUCCCCAGAGCCGCAGGAGCUGGAGCCCACGGUGCCACCAGGGUCCCCAGGCGGGGUGGUGGAGAUCAGGGAGAUGCCGGCGGAGGAGAGCGUGGAGGAAGCUGCCGGCGGCCAGGCUGAGGAGCGGCUGACGAACGGUACCCACGCCACGCGGCAGAGAGGGGCCACCGAGGAGGUGGUGGCAGCGGGGUCUGCACCGGGAGACGGCCCCCCGCGGGGUCCGGCCAGCGAUGGCGAUGGGGUGCGCCGUGACGCACCGGUGUCACCCGCAUCUGGGGCUGGGGAGCCAUCGGGAGAUAAGGUGCACCACCCCACAGCACCAUCACCUGCACCUAGAGCUGAGGUCCCAUCAAGAGAUAAGGUGCACCACCCCCCAGCAUCCCCUACAUCUGGAGCUGCAAUCCCAUCAGGAGAUAAGGAGCACCACCCCACAGCACCAUCACCCGCACCUAGAGCCGAGGCCCCGUCAGGAGAUGAAGCGUGCCACCCCACAGCACCACCACCUGCACCCAGAGCCGAGGCCCCGUCAGGAGAUGAGGUGCAGCACCCCACAGCAUCACCUGCGCCCGGAGCCGCGGUCCCGUCACCGCCCGCCGGGACGGAUUGCCACCAGCCCAGUGACAAGGAGACGGGCGAGGAGGUGGCCCCCCCGGUGGCUUGCAGCCCCCCGCAGCCCGUGGGCACGACGGAGAGCGUUGUCGAGGGGGUGCAGACUGAGUUCUAGCCCCGUGCCUGCCGUGGACUGGUCCUGGGGCUGCCGGGGCUGGAGCGGCGCUGCGGGAGAGGGAGGGGAUGGGAACACCGAGGGCACCCGACGGGGGGAGUCCUGCUGCUGCGCGGCUGGCCGCCACCCGGGGGGGAUGGCUGGGGCCGGGCUCAGCACAGGGCACCCGCUGCACUCUGCUCUGUCCUUCUUCUGCCUUAUUUCCUUCUUUUCUACUGGAGAGAUGCUUUAUCUGCCUCCCCUCCGGCCGAGCUCACGUGCCUGGGGUUGUCUGGGGGGGGUUGGAGCCCUGCUGCCUGUGGGAUGUUCCCAGCUGCUGACCCCUGGCAGUGGGGACCGUCCCCUGCCCGCAUCCGUGGGGUUUUCCUGGGAGCCUCCCCAGGGGGAGCAUCCCCCAGGUGGCCUCGUGCCGCCACCAGCACCAAGGGGAGUGAGGGCUGCAGGGGCGGGUGGGCAAAAAUGGGACGGUGAGGGCUGGGGGUGCCGCAGCUCUGCGCAGCGGUGAAGGGCGAGAUGAGGCCAGGAGCACGGGGAUGUGUGGGGCAGGAGGAGUAUGGCGUGGGGGUGCUGGCACAACAGCUGCUGGCCCUUUGGGGGCGAGGUGUGGGGCUGCCUGCGGCCCCCAGGCUGCUCCGCACCCACCCCGGGGCUGCCGUCACCCCAUGCCCAGGCUCGGCUUAGGGAAAGCUUUUUGGAGGGGAGGUGGCAGCGGGGGGA